AGCGGGCAUGAAGACAGUGUUCCCUGGAGAGAGGUAGGGGUGUGCACAGUGGGUGGCACCCAGCAGGGGCUUCUAGGGAAGGACAGACUCUGUGUCCUCUCCUAGUGUGUUUACCUGUCCUGGCUUUGUGGCAAUUUGCUAAACAGCACACAGACAUUUACACCCCCUGAGGAAUGUGUAGAGCUGCAUGGAUUUCCUGUACAGUGCCCCUAGAAUGGGAGCUCUGGGAGUAGUGAAGGCAGAGGACUGUCCUCCCCUUGCAGGCAGGGUCAGCGUCUUCCUCACCUUCCCAGAAGAUGCACAGUGCCAGGAGCAGUAAGAAGCAGCUCACACUGAGCAUGACCCUGGGCUCCCACCACUGCUGCUGCUGCCAUCUGUGCCCACCCACAGCCCUGCUGACACUGCCUAUGGGCCAUGGUGCCUGUGAGGCUCUUCUCAGCAAGCUCUUGGACCAGGUUGGAGGGAGUGAUGGGGGCUCCAUCCACAUGGGCUGGCCUCCCGCUCGGCAGGCUCCUUCCACAGCAGGCUCCACCCAGGCCACUCUCCACGGGCUGUGCAGACUGCACCAAGCAUCAGAAACCCCCCGGAAAGAAGCUGCUGUCUGAGAAGAAACUGAAAAAGCAUUUUGUGGACCAUCGCAGAGUGCUUGUCCGUGGAGGAAGUGGAGGCUCGGGCAUGAGCUGUUUCCACAGCGAGCCCCGAAAGGAGUUCGGAGGCCCCGAUGGCGGGGAUGGUGGCAGUGGUGGCCACGUCGUCCUGAGAGUUGACCCAAAAGUCAAGUCCCUGUCGUCAGUCCUGUCCCACUAUCAGGGCUUCAGUGGAGAAGAUGGCGGCAGGAAAAACUGCUCCGGACGAGGUGGCGCUGUCCUCUACAUCCAGGUCCCCAUGGGCACCUUGGUGAAGGAGGGAAGUGAAAUCAUGGCUGACCUGAGCCGACCAGGCGACGAGUACAUUGCGGCACUGGGGGGUGCAGGAGGGAAAGGCAACCGCUUUUUCCUGGCCAACGACAACCGCGCCCCCGUGACUUGCACCCCUGGAGAGCUGGGUCAGGAGCGUGUUCUCCACCUGGAGCUCAAGACGGUGGCCCACGCCGGGAUGGUUGGGUUCCCCAAUGCUGGGAAGUCCUCCCUCCUCCGAGCCAUUUCCAAUGCAAAGCCCGCUGUGGCGUCCUACCCGUUCACCACCCUAAAUCCCCACGUAGGCAUUGUGCACUAUGCCGGCCACCAGCAAGUAGCAGUGGCAGACAUCCCAGGGAUCAUCCGAGGUGCCCACCAGAACAGGGGCCUGGGGCUCAGCUUCCUCAGGCACAUCGAACGCUGCCUCUUCCUCUUGUUCGUGGUGGACCUUUCCGUCCCAGAGCCAUGGACUCAGUUUGAGCAUUUAAAAUAUGAACUGGAGAAGUACAAAGAAGGCCUGUCUGAGAAGCCCCAUGCGAUUGUUGCAAAUAAGAUUGAUCUGCCACAGGCCAGAGCCAUUCUACCCCAGCUCCGGGCCCAGCUGGGACAGGAGGUCAUCGCCCUGUCAGCCCUGACUGGGGAGAACCUGGAGCAACUGCUGCUCCACCUGAAAGUCCUCUACGAUGCCUACAUGGAGGCUGAGCUGGGGAAGGGCUGCCAGCCACUUAGGUGGUAGCGUGGCACAGCAGCAGUGGCCCGAGGCAGGAGGCUGGCACAAGGCCCUCCAGAUGCUGCACAAGCAAGCCAGGCUGUAAAACGGGUGGCUGUUAAUGUGUAAGAGAACAUGCUUGUCAGUGUUCAAGAGUUGGUGCUUCUGUCUUCCCUGCCAACUUGGGGUUCCUCUACUAAGGUGCCCCUCAGCCUAGGACUCCAUGGGUGGCAGAACUCUGUGCCACCUGACACCGGUUUGCUCCCCAGAGCUUUUCCCACUGAUGUGCCGAGGCUGACUCACUUGUGCUAAUUAACACCCCUAAUUAGGAGGAGGAUCGCACUGCUGGGGAGCUCUGCAGAGCCGCAUGGCCAGCGGCCGGCUUCUGUGCACAGUGGCGCAGUAACAAGGGCAGCCCUCUGGGGUCCACAGGGACUCCAUGGUGCUCUCUGCUGCAUGAGACAUCUCGGGGUACAGCUACCAGCCAUCCGAGGGGAGCGGUGUGGUCUAGUUCCUUCCCUGUCACUCCCAGAACACUAUGCUCUGUUCAGUGGGAGCUGAACACCAAGGCAGACUCGGCUUCACGACUGAAUGCACCCAAUAUCCGACCUAGGCAUGAGCAGGUUCUGGCUCAUCUUCAGAAUGCACAAGCAAGUUGUUAACUAAAGGUGACGCGAGCUGUGAAUUGCCAGCAUUGUUCCCCAUAGGUGGCCGCAGCGCAUAGCAAGAGAAUGGCAGGAGACAUGUCCCUGGUGGGGUAGGCUGAACUUCCACUCAGCCCUGCUUGUUAGAAGCCCUUGCCCUCGGCUAGGUGGUCACCAAGACAUAGCUGGGACUAAUGCUAGCCACCUUCAGGUCGGACUGCAGCCGAGAGAGCCAUGGUUGCUCCUGUAGGUGGUGUGCCCUGGAAAGAGACUUCCUUCCAUGAUGAGGCCACGUCCUUGCCCCAGGCUCCUCACCAGCUGGACUGCCUGCCCUGCAGACCCCAGUGCCUCUGCCGUGUUCCUGAGUGAAAUGGUGGGGACAGAAGGAAGCAGAGGAGGGGCCUUCAGCCCUUUGGGGAAGACACCAGCCACAGGGUUGCCCACAGGGGUCCCAGACAGGUGACACUGCUAGGCACAGCUAGGGUAGACAUCCUUUCUGUAUUUUGGGGUUCAGCUACCUCAAAUAAUAAGCCAGCGCUUCAGCUUUCAGGAGCAAUUCGGUUUUGAUCUAACAUCAAAUCUGCAACCAGAACACGAGGUCCUUUCACUGGAGGGUUUAUUUUAAUGUCUUAUAAUUUCAAAGGUCCUCGUGUCCUAGAAGCCAGGGAUGGGUCUUACAUCUAUUUGCUUUCUCUUUCAGGUCACCAUAAAGGGUUUUGUAGAGUCA